AUUUUUAGCGGCUGAUGCACUAGCAGAUUGUUGGCCACAGCUAUAGCUAGCUUGUCACGUUUAUAUGAAAAGUGUUGAUGUAACAACGACCAAUGGUUGUAGUAGUUAAUUAGAAAUCACAACUACCGAAGAAAUGAACAGUCGACUGCAAGAAAUCCGCGAGCGACAAAAACUAAGGCGGCAGCUUUUAGCCCAACAGUUGGGAGCUGAAAGUGCAGACAGCAUUGGAGCGGUUCUAAAAAGUAAAGAUGAAUUAAAGGAGAUAGAGGAGACAAGAGAAACAUGCAGGUCUUCAUUUGAUUCUUCAGCCGCACCUUCAAAAAGGAAGGCACAGACAGAGGGAGAGGACACAGAGGAAGAUGUGGAAGAACAAAAGGAUGAGGUGGAAGUGCAGCAGCUGGAUGAAGGCAACCCAUAUGAGGAAGUGUACAAGGACUCAAGUACUUUCCUUAAGGGUACUCAAAGUUUAAACCCCCACAACGACUACUGUCAGCACUUUGUCGACACAGGGCACAGGCCACAAAACUUCAUCCGAGAUGUUGGCUUGGCUGACCGAUUUGAAGAAUACCCCAAGCUUCGAGAGCUGAUCAGACUGAAGGACGAACUCAUCUCCACCACCAACACCCCUCCCAUGUACCUCCAGGCUGAUCCAGAGCACUUUGACCUGCAGGAUUUAAAGUGCAAGUUUGAUGUAAUUCUGCUUGAGCCUCCCUUAGAGGAAUAUUACAGAGAAUCAGGCAUCAGCCACACUGAACGUUUCUGGACCUGGGAUGAUAUCAUGAAGCUGGAAAUUGAGGAGAUCUCAUCUAUACGUUCCUUUGUCUUUCUGUGGUGUGGCUCCGGUGAAGGCCUGGACUUGGGCAGAAUGUGUUUGAGGAAGUGGGGCUUUAGGCGUUGUGAGGAUAUCUGUUGGAUCAAGACCAACAAGAACAACCCAGGCAAGACCAAGGCACUGGACCCGAAAGCAGUAUUCCAGAGGACCAAGGAACACUGCCUAAUGGGAAUCAAAGGAACAGUGCGUAGGAGUACAGAUGGUGACUUCAUCCAUGCUAACGUGGACAUUGACCUGAUCAUCACUGAGGAGCCUGAGAUGGGAAAUGUAGAGAAGCCUGUGGAGAUCUUCCACAUAAUUGAGCAUUUCUGUUUGGGCCGCAGGAGGUUGCACCUGUUUGGACGAGACUCAACCAUUAGACCAGGCUGGUUGACCGUGGGUCCUACUUUGACAAACAGUAACUUUAACCCAGAGACCUAUGCCUCGUACUUUAUCAACUCUCCUCUGUCUGGCUGCACUGAGGACAUAGAAAGGCUGAGGCCUAAAUCUCCCCCUGCGAAGCUGAAGUCGGACCGUGGUGGUGGAGCACCCAGAGGAGGACGUGGCGGGCCAAAUGCAGGAAGAGGUGGCGACAGAGGCCGUGAAAGAAACCGGCCAAACUUCAGGGGGGACAGGGGAGGCUUCAGGGGCAGGGGUGGGCCGCAUAGGGGCUUCCCACCUCGCUAGAGCAAAGAGCUCAUGCCAACUAGACUGAUGCUAGGAAUCCCUAUCUCCAUUAUCUGCAAACACAAGCUUCUAUGUAAUGCCAGCAGAAUAUAGUAUAACAUGGUUAGUUUGUUUGAGAAGUUAGCGAAUGGGAUCAAUCUUUUGGAAUCUUUUUGUUUAUAUACCUAAGAUUUAAUUGUCCGAAUAAACAGUCUUUUUUACA